AUGGCAGCAACAGCGUCCCCGAAAGUCAGUCCAGCCGUCCGGCGCCGGAGCGUGGCGCUGGGCUCGGACCCCGCCAUGCGGGAGAUGGUGCACUUUGUGGGGAGCCAUGAGCAUGACAGCCGGCUGCAGGAGGCUGCAAACAUCCGGAGCAACAUCCUGAAGGACCUUCCUGAGAACUUCAAGGAGGAGGUCGAAGUCUUGCGGCAAGCCGAGGCCUUCGAGGACAACCGUCCGCUGCCCGUCACGAGUACGGGCUUGCUGGAUGGGCCCUCGGUGGAUGCACGGCUGGCCUGGCGCCAAGAGAUGGACCGCCAGGUGAAACGACUCCUGCAGGACACGCACUUUGCGCUGGAUGAUCGGCUGGACGAGGAGGUGAAGCACAUCUUGCGGGUGAACCACGCGGACCGCAUGUACGACGACUGGUAUGGGAAGCACGGCAUGAAGCAAGCACGGAAGGAGCGGGUGGCGCCCUCCCACCUGCGCUUCAACCACGAGGACCCGGUGAUGCCGGGGUCCCUUCGCCGGCCGAAGGAGGUGGCACCUGCCUUGCUGGCGCCAGCACAGGUCAUCGAGGUGCCGCGGGAGGUGCCCCACUUCCCCAGCCCGAAGGUCGAGGAGUCGCGCCCGGCGAGCCGCAGCGUCGCCACGCCGAAGACCCUGCUGACCGCGGGCCGCGCCACGGUGAAACCGGUCUCGCCGCGGGUCUCCCCAAGGGCCAAGAAGCCGCAGACACCGGGGGAGAUGCAGAAGACCCGGACCGGCUUGUGGAGCCGUGCACGCUCUGCCGCAGCAGACGUGACCUCCGCAUGGGAAAAAUGCCUCGGCCACUUCGACGGUGCAGAAGAAGGCAACCCCGCACCGCCCGACGAGGCCAUCGGCGCCUGGCUGAAUGGCGCCAUGUCGGGCGCCAUGUGCGGCGCGCAGGUCUUGGAGUCCACGGUGCGAGGUCCGGUGGGUCGGUGGGUGAUGGAUGUCCGUGGACGUUUGGAUGAGCCGCUCCUCUCCCCCGACACCUCCCCGGGCUUCCUUGACCAGGCCUCACGGGCGCCGCCUCCUGUGGCGGCGGAUGGCACCUCUAGUGAGGUUCUGAAGAAGAUCGCGCUCUCUUGUGGGGGUCGGCUGAUCGACGAGCUGCAGGGACCCGAGAGCCAUGCGCUCUUUGAUGUGACCCUGGAGCAUGCAUUGCGUCUCUACGAGGCGUGCACCGAAGAUGAGGGAAGAGCAGUUGCUUGCAGCAGCCUUGCCUUGGGGGAGCGCCAGGAGACGCCCAAGUCGCCGGGGCGGCCCUGUAAGCCCUUCCGAGCCCCGAGCUUGGAGAUGAGCCUCGCCAAGAAGGCGGACGAGCUGAAUGCUGGCAUGGAUGUGCUGGCCUUGAAGAAUGCCCUCGAGUCGGAAGGUUUCAAGGGCCUGGACCGAGAGCCGCUCUUCCAAACGCUGUGGAAGUCUCUUGGACAAGAGACCAUCGAUGUACAUAGUUUCCACAGGGUGUUGCGGCAGCUGAAGUUGCACCUGCUCUGCAGCGGCGAGGACGACUUCGUGGAGGAGCGGGGCUUCUUCGGAGUGGUGGACUGGAACCAAAGGGUGGUCUGUGAGCAGUACUUCACCAAGGUGGACCAGUCACGGAUCUUCCUGGGACACCGCCUGGGUGGCAUGAAGAUGCGCUGGGUGCAUUGCAGUGCCGUCAGCAAGGUGACGAUCUUACGUCUGGCGGUGAAGUACCAGCUUCAUCCACUCCCGGUGGAAGACACCAUCCAGUUGCAGCAGCAGUCGGUUCCCUUGGUGCGAAGAUAUGGAGACAACUUCUUCAUCAUCCUUCCAAUGCUCAGGCUCACCACGCCUUCGCGGAAUGCGCUGGCGGCCUUUCACGGGCAGGUGGAGGGGCAACCCGAACUGGCCAGGCAGACCACCAACCAGGACGAGUUGUUGGAUCCUGAUUCCGGGACCGCUUUCGAGGUAGAGAUCGAGCAGGGGCGCCUGGCGCUCUUCGUGGCCGGUGCCCCGAAGUUCGAUACUUUGAUCAGCUUCCAGACGAACUGGGUGGUGCACAAGAGCGAGGACGUGGAGCACGGGCAUCAAGCCUUGCCCGUGGCCGGCGCUCGCAGGUUCUGCCGGCGCCGGCGGGCCAACUUCAACUUCCGGAGCUCCCGUGCGCUCAUUCGCGACGGCUCGGCGAGCUGCCGCAGCCGUGCGGAUUCCGCCUCCUCACCAAGGACGCCCAGCAUGAGCGCCGACAUCGACUUCGAGGACGCGGAGGGCUCCGACGCGGUGCCCUUCGACGAUGACGCCACCGAGGCCUUCGACGGCAUCGUGGAGGAGAUCCAGAAGGACAGCUCUAUGCUCCGCUCGGGCAACGCAGCCUGGCUCAUGUGGCGCGUCGUCGAUGUGAUUGUGGAUGAGAUGGAACCCAUCCUGUCAGCCUUCCGCGCUCGUCUCCAGUGGUUUGCGGCACACAUCGCCAAGCGCCGAUCGAAGGCCGACAACGAUGUGGAGAAGAAGCUGCUGUGGACGCGUGUGGAGUUGGAAUGGGUGCAGCGCAAGGUGCGGCCCAUGAUCCGAGUGGUCCGACACAUGAUCCACGAGAAAAGCAUCGAAGCGGAUGUGACGCAAUACCUGGAGGACGUGGAGGACCAUUUGGGAACCUAUUUAGAAGAGAUCAGUCGCAGCAUUGGGGUCUGCGACUCGCUGCGAGACCAAGUGCGAAGCCUGCGGGAUCGCGAUCAGCAAGGGGUGCUCUACGCAUUGGCGCUGGUCACGACCAUGACCUCUCCCAUGCAGCUCUUGUCGUCGAUGUAUGGCAUGAACUUUGUCAACACCAUGAACCAGCCAGUCGUGCCAGGACUGGGCCCGAUGGAAGUCAAGCGCGGCUAUUCGCUGUUCUGGGGAUUGGGCGUGGCCAUCGUCUCAACGAUCUACAUCAGCUUCCGCUUCGUCUUAAAAUGGAUGUAA